UCCAGAAGAGGGCGUGAGAUUCCCUGGGAUAGAGUUAGAAAUGGUUGUGCUGACAAUCAGCCCCAGGGCCUCUGGAAGAACAGCCAGUGCUCUUAACUGCUGAACAUCUCUCUCCGCCAGACAGAGCAUUUCUUAAUUACAGUUAAUUCGCCAUGUAGAUCACACUAACCUCAAACUCACGGAGAUCUGCCUGCCUCUCCCUCCCAAGAACUGGAAUCAAAGGCAUGAACCACCACCACACCUGGGAAGAAUUUAACUUUUCAUCUUUCAUGGAUAAAGCAACCGGAAAUCCCUAUGGCUGAUGAAUUUCUGUUUCGUUGAGUUAAGAUCAGACAGGGGAGUCGUGUCGGAAGAAACAGUCAGAGAAUCGCAGUUCUCCUUGAAGAUGGUCAUCCUCAGAGUGUUGGGUGUCCCUGUGCCCUGGUACUGUUCUCUCUCCCAGAUCAAAUUUUCACCAGUAGCUAAAAGGUUGUUUGUGGUAACUGCUGUGAGUGCUGUAUCUGUAAUUUUUUUUGCCUAUCACUUUAAAAGAAGACGUGGAAAAAAGAAAGAAAAAAUACUACCGUGGGAACCAGAGCACCUCCUACUUGAACACACUAAAAGAGCAGCAUCAGACAAAGGUUCCAGCUGCUCCAGCAGUAGACAGAACUUGACCUUGUCACUAAGUUCCACCAAGGACAAAGGAUCUCAGUCUUGUAACUACGCUAAUGGAGGACUUUUCAGCAAAUACUCGGGUUCUGCCCAGAGCUUAGCCUCUGUUCAGAGUGUUAAUUCCUGUCAUAGCUGUGCUUGUGGAAAUUCUAAUUCCUGGGACAAAGCAGAUGAGGAUGACAUCAAACUUGUUAACAUUCCUGUGACCACUCCCGAGAAUUUGUACCUGAUGGGUAUGGAAUUGUUUGAAGAGGCAUUGCGUCGAUGGGAACAAGCUCUGACCUUCCGCAGUAGACAGGCUGAAGAGGAAGCCUGCAGCUCUGUUAAGCUGGGAGCUGGAGAUGCCAUUGCUGAAGAAAGCGUAGAUGAUAUAAUUAGUGCAGAAUUCAUCCAUAAGCUUGAAGCCCUGCUGCAAAGGGCCUAUCGUCUCCAGGAGGAGUUUGAAGCUACCCUUGGGGGAUCUGACCCUAACUCUCUUGCAAACGAUACAGAUAAAGAUACAGAUGUGAGCGGGAAGGAGAAUAUGGAUGAAUUUGGUCUGCAAGACACCUUGAACGCUGAAUCAGCAGAUCUCUUUGCUUCGGCAGCAGAGCUCACGGAACACAGAGAGGUACGGCACAGCUACAGCCUGGACUCCUUCUGCCGCUGCCCUUUUUACGAAGAAGCUAUGCAUCUAGUUGAAGAGGGAAAAAUUUCCUCCAGAGUACUGAGAACUGAAAUGCUGGAGUGCCUGGGAGACAGUGAUUUUCUUGCCAAACUUCACUGCAUUCGGCAGGCUUUUCAGGUCGUUCUCUCAGAAGCAGCCAACAGGAUAUUCCUUGCUGAGAGUGGACGGAAGAUUCUGUCAGCUUUAAUCGUGAAAGCACGGAAGAAUCCAAAGAAAUUUGAAGAUGUUUUUGAUGAAAUGAUCUAUUUUUUAGAGCAGACUGAUCACUGGGAUAGUACUGAGAUGGAACUUGCUGCCAGAGGGGUGAAAAAUGUAAAUUUUUAUGAUGUGGUUCUGGACUUUAUUUUAAUGGAUUCCUUUGAAGAUUUAGAGAACCCGCCGACAUCCAUCCAAAACGUGGUGAACAAUCGCUGGCUCAACUCUUCCUUCAAAGAAACGGCUGUGGCUUCGAGUUGCUGGUCAGUGCUGAAGCAGAAGAGGCAGCAGAUGACGAUCUCAGAUGGAUUUUUCGCCCAUUUUUAUGCCAUUUGUGAGCAUAUAAGCCCUGUCUUAGCCUGGGGCUUCCUGGGUCCUAGAAAUUCUCUGUAUGACUUAUGUUGCUUCUUUAAGAAUCAAGUUCUUUUCUUUCUCAAAGACAUCUUUGACUUUGAGAAGGUGCGCUAUUCGAGCAUAGACACGCUGGCGGAGGACCUCAUGCAUUUACUCCUGCGCCGCACAGAGCUGCUCGUCGCCUGUCUUGGCGCGGACGCCCUGAGGCACGCCUCUACUUGUACUAGUGGACACUGCCACACUGUGCCCACUGCACUGUUAGAAGCCAAAGUACAGUAGGUACCAGAAGAGGACUGAGCGUGCUCUCCAAUACCUUCGAGUAACUACUGUGAGGUGUGCCUCAGAAUCCACAGAGCUGAUGAUGUGGACUCAGGGAGGGAGAAAGGAAGUCUCACAGGUGGAUGGUCAUACUGUAUUUAUGCAGAAAUGCUGUCAUUGAAUCCAUGUGUGACAUGUCCAGAGUGACUUCUUAAUAAUCUUUAGGUAAUAAUUGAAGUUGUGAAAUGUUGCGUAUUUUGUGGCUGUUUCGUGAAUUGAAGCCAACAGGAAUUUAUUAAUUGUCUUCACACUAUCUGGAAUGUCCAGUAUCAUUCUCAAAAUAUGUCUCAAUGCUUUGCACCUUGAAAAGACACUAACCCAAGACGAUUGUGGUUCACAUGUGUAAGAGUUUAUAACUUCUAGUGUCAACAUACUUAACUUUGCCUGAAAUGUAUUCUUAAGCAUCAGGUUACUUCUUCGUUUAAUCAAAUGUAGGCAAUAGUGGUGUUCAACUGUACUGUUUGCCUUAUUGCUUGUAUACUUGCUUUUGUAUUUGAAUCAAAGAAACUGUACUCCCCGAGGACUGGAGGGCAGAACCAGAAUGUGUGAAACUGAGCAGUUUCCGGUGUGCGCCUUGUGGAGAGUCGCCUGUAGUCUACAGAGUAUGUUACUGUUGUCCUGUUUAUAAUACGCUGAAGUAUUUUUAUCUUUUUAUAAAUUGGAACAGCUUCCCUCAGAUGAAUACUAAAUUCGAAAAUAUAAUUUAUUUACCAAGAAAAUAAUUUAAAAAAUUAUCCUCUUUUAAAUGUAACUAAACCUGAUAGAAUCAAAUAACUUCUCCUUUGUCCACAAAACAAACAGUUCCCCCACAGAGAACUCAGCACACUGGAAGUUUGCCUUGUUGUGUCCAAAUUUUAAAAAUACUCAUACUUUGAGCUUGGGUUUUAAAGGAAUUUUCUUCUCAGAAAUAGAACACAUUUAAAUAUUUUAAAUGAUAUGGGAAUAUAUUUUAUGUCCUUAUGAUAAACAUAUGAACAGUGGCAAAGUAUGUUGUAUAUUUUCAAAGCCUCAUUAAUUUUGUUUGAAGAUCAUGACCCACUUGUUCGUCAGUGGGUUGGAUUUCUUGAUUUGUGGUCCUAACGUGGGCUGCAUUAGUUUUAAGAGUGUGUUAUACAGAAAGAUCUGAAAUGUGUUUUUAAAAAUGCAUUUUUAGAUUAAAGUGCCUAGAUUAAGGUUAAUGAUGAGCAAAUAAAAAGUAAAAGUAAGUUUAAUUUUUUUAAGAUUUUAAAUUUAUAUAUACAUCAUAGUUAUGUAAAUUAAUUACAAGAUGUAAAAUUUAGACUUGUGCCAUUAGUGUGUAUAGGCUAUUAGGGCCUUAAACCUGUUUUGAUUUACAAUGCCUGGCCUUUUCCUACAUCACUUUUUAAUUUCCUAAUUACCUGCCUGUGAUUCUUCCCAAUGACAAGUACCAAAAUGCAUUCUAUCCUGCUUCCCUUUUACUUACAUUAGCUGUGUCUACCUUCUGAUGUCACUGGAUGUGAGUGACAGAUGAGAACGUGCCUACACAUUCUGGUUACCCCAUACGCAAGACAGUUAUGGAUUGUAUCAGUUUAUUCAUUGGAGAGCUAAAUAUUUUAUGCUGGGGUUUUAUAAGUGAACUUCCUUUUGGGGAAAAGUGCUGUUUGGAGUAGUUUUGAAGACUUGCACUGUGUGUAGCAAUGCUGCUGCUACAAUGAGAUAGCCUUGGUGGGUGGCCUUUCCGAAAGGUGUUGGAUUUCUCCCUGCUUUUCAAUUUCAGUUAAAAAUAAGUAAAUUGCCCAUCUUUAAGAAAGGGUUGGUUUGGCUGGGUGGUGGUGGCGCACACCUUUAAUCCCAGUACUCAGGAGGCAGAGGCAGGUAGAUCUCUGUGAGUUCGAGACCAGCCUGGUCUACAGAGCGAGAUCCAGGACAGCCAGGACUACACAGAGAAACCCUGUCUCAAAAAAACCAAAAAGAAAGAAAGGGUUCGGGUUGGGGAUUUAGCUCAGUGGUAGAGCGCUAAGGCCCUGGGUUCAGUCCUCAUCUCCAAAAAAAAAAAAAAAAGGAAAGAAAGAAAGGGUCGGUCUGUCAAACUGAAGUGCUUAAAUUGAUUAGCUUCUGGUGAGCUAGUGCACAUACCAGAUACCUUCUUUGUGGCCUUUGGCAAAAACAGUUAAUGACCUAAUAAGAUUUGGGGGCAAUAAAUACAGGAGAAAAGUCUUUGGGGGGCAUGUAAUGGGGAGGGAACUUAACUUUUUAAAGGAAAAUGCCUUUUUAAAAAGAACAUCUCUGACUUGACUGUUGAAAAUACUUAACAUAUAUAUUAAAAAAUAUAUAAUAUAUAAAACUAAACAGAGAAGCAAUGCUUUACAAAAUAAAAACAAAACAAAAGAUUAAAUUAGGCUUCAGCCUGUUGGGGGGAAAAGGGCAGCUAAAGGGACUCAUGGUAUCUACUGAAGAUCACCUGCCAUAGCCUCCUCCUGUAGGAUGUAAGAGGGCAGAGUUAAUCCCAAGAAAAAUCUUCCAGAAAAAAGGAAAAACAUGCAGUUGAUUUAUUUUCCUUUGUUUCUCUCUGUUCUUGUUCAACUAAAAAGGUAGAAUUUCUUCCCAAAGAUUAACAAUAUGUUCGUGCAAUGACAAAACGGAGCUGUCUUUUUGAUAAGAAGCCAAGUUUUCUACUCUGUUAAAAUCAGCUCCGAAGACCUGCGUCUGUCUCCUGCAAUAAUACCCAUCAUUUGCACCUGUUCACCAUGAUUCUAUUGAUUUGCUGAGUUACCUGACUAUAGAAAAGUAUUUACAAAUGUUUCCUUGCUUUAAGAUGUAGUGUUUCUACUUAAUUCCCAGCAGUUAGCCUGGAAAUGAGGAAUACCAAAGUGACAGAGUGGUGGUGAACUGCUCCAAGUUGUGUUUGUAACUCUUGUUUUUACUUUUACUAUGAAUGUGGAUUCAGAAAUUAAUUGGGCUGUAAUUUCAAACUGACUAUAAGGAUUAGGCCAAAUUAAAAUCUAUAAAUUUUUUAGUUAACAAAUAUGUGUGUGAGAUGUAAGAAUUUAUGUACCCUGUGAUAAAUGGACACGCAAAACACUUUGUUCCUACUGAUCAUGCUGUGUCCCCGUUCCCUGACUGGCAUCAGCAAAUCUGUUUCUUCCGUGUAAGGACUGAACUCACUAGUCUGUGUAAGAGUAUAGCACCGCGGAGCAGACGGCUGCACUGGCCCCUAGCGGGCACUAGGACCAGCAUGUCUCUGUUCCAGUCAAAUAAAAAAGUGAUGGUGUCUUGGUGA